AUGCGCAACCUCGACCAUUCAAUAAUCAUAGAGACCUGUUUUGCGCUCACGAUUGAAAGAAGGCGUACAACCGAACACAUCUCCUCGCACGCUCAAGCCUCCACCGGCUGCAGGCGCAAAUACACACUCAAACGCGCACACAUAAUGUCUGAGCAAAUUUAUUCGUGUUUUCUGCCGCUCAUACCCACGGUCAUGGGAGCAAAGGCACACCCCUGCAUGCAGACAGGGAAAUGCGUACUCAAAAGCGAGCAUGGCAGGAAGCAGGGGUUUCUCAUAUUUCCUGUUCGUUGGACGUCCCAUGCUUAG